AUGCCGCUGGAAUUUGAGCAAAUCGCGCAACUUAUUGCCAUGCAAAAGCGUGUGCAAGUAAAACUUGAAGACGACGCGAAAAAGGACACAACAAUGAAAUGGUAUUCCUACCUGAUCCUCCUCCUCAUGUACAUCGUCUAUUUGGCCAUCGGAGCAAUGGUUUUUCAAAAAUUUGAGCAGCCAAAUGAGAAAAAUAAGUGUAUAGAGGCGAAAGAAAAAGUCAGGACGAAAAUCAAUCAAUUUGGAGAUGACUAUUUUUACACUCUCGGCUUGAACUUGAAAUUUUGCCGAGGAGUCAAUGAAUUUCUCGACACCCAAUCUGCCGGUGUUCAGCAAGGAAUGGGCUUUUGA